AUGGCGAAGCUACCGUCUACCAAGACCACCCAACAACCACAACUCAAAAUGAAGUUCAUCACUGCCGCCCUUGUCCUCGCCGCCUCGGCCGUUGCUGCUCCCUCUGAGAAGCGCGGCGAGGCCUGCACCUUCGGCACCUACCGGUGCACCACCCCCAACACCGGCAUCGAGAUCUGCAACGUCUCGAACCAGUGGCAGCUCGUCGGUCCCUGCCUCGAUGGCGCCACCUGCGAGGAUCUCGACCAGAACGGCUUCGAGCUCCCCUUCUGCACCCACUCCGAGGCCAAGGUCAAGGCCCGCAACGGCCGCCCCGGCCAGAGCCCCGGCGAGAAGUGCCAGACCGCCGGCAAGUACGACUGCUUCGGCCCGUACGCCAUCCAGGUCUGCAACACCCAAAACAUCCUCGAGUUCGUCGGCAGCUGCCACGAGCGCACACACUGCUCCUACCUCAACGGCAUCCCCUACUGCGUUGACAGCGUCUAA